GGAAAGAUGUUUCGCUGUGCAUAGCUCGAGGAAUUAAGAACCAGUUAAGGUCAGUUCAGGAACUUCUAGUGCCUCUUGGUGUUGACCUUUAGCUAAACUGCCAAGAACAGAAGAAUAGUUACAAAAAGAAACGUCUGUAGGUUAUUCUCUCAGAUUCUGCAUCUUGAAACAUUGAUCUAGCGGCAGCACAAACUUGCAAGCAUUGAAACGGAAAGGAGCUACGGCGGAUGUGAAAUGCCAGCAAUAAAUGCAUCGAGGUGUAUGCCGACCUCACACCCAAUCCCCCAAUCUUCAACAAUCUGCUUGCUGUCAACAUGGGAACCCCAGCAAAAGAUGCUUCCAGAGUCGAAUUCCCACUGCAGUGACUCCAAAACCCUCCUACUGAAGAAUGGCUCAAUACCUUCAACUUCAACUGAUCACAACAUGGCAAAACGAUCCCCUUCGUGCAUUCACCAGUUAGGUUCAGCCGCAAAGCUUCUGCACGAGCUAUCCACAGGAAGCGAAUGCCAGCAGCUUCAAGGCCGCCGAGGAUUUCAUCUAUUUGAGUGCUUGAAACUGAGAGAAACUCCCCAAUGAGAUAUAUAGUACAGAGGCUUUUGGUUGGUUGUCAAGCCACUCCAUGUAGUUGACACUGGAGGAACUCCGUCAUAGUUCCAAGUAGGGAAUCGUUGGGCCGAUGGGAUAGACUGGAAAU